AUGACAAAGUUAACUGGAUUUACAGAAGCAGAGUUGGCUGCAUUUGAAUGGUCAAAACGCCAAAAUGAGCUAGAUAAAUCGAGUAAAUCAGAUGCUCAUCGAAUAGAAAAACCGAGUAAACGACGCAGAUCUUAUAGCUCAGAUACAAAUUCAAGUUUAUCUGAUUACUCAGGGUCACCUAGGUCCAAAGAUUCUCACAGUGUUAGUCCAGAACGACCUCCUCCUUCGACCCAUAGAAACUCUGAUACCAGGUCGAGUGGCCAUAAAAUCAAAUUCAGGGGCUCUAAAGAUAACAAUAGGCCAAUUAUAAGCAGUAGUUCCAGUAGCAGUUUAUCUCCAGGUAGAAGACACACGAAAUCACAUAGCAUGAGAGCAUCAGAUAAACACAGUCGCAAACACCACAAAUAUAUUAGAAAACGUCACAGAAGAGCUGGAAGAUCACGCAGCAGAAGUUAUUCCAGAACCUCCGUUGGAUCUAGGAGCUCAGCGGAGUCAAGGUCAUCUAACGACUUGCCGAGGGACCCAUUCAAUCCCCUGAAUUUGGCAUACAGGUCUGGGCACCACGGGAGUAGUCGCAAACGCAGCAAUGGCAGUCGUGGCAGAAGCAUUUCUGAUAAGGGCUGUAGUACCAGUGAUAGGCAUGAAAGUAAGGAUGAGGACAGAUGGAAGCACGACCUCUACGAGAGUGACUCUGAAAGGGUGUCGUACGAGGCACAAAUUAAAAAGAAUAGACUUCUAAGUAAAACCCCUAGCCUGUACAACAAAUCGGAACAAGGUGCAGGUAAAACCCCCAGUAAAAGAGCCGAAGACUCCGAUUCCGACAGCGGCACCUCGUCCAGGGGCGGGAGCCGCUCGAGGCCCAAACAGAAACUCAUAACCAAACGGGGCUGGAAAUCGCGAGCAGGAGGCGUCUACAUUCCAGGGGACGAGGACGAGGACCUGUACUACGACCGCAGGAAGUCAGGGAGCUACGAGCGCCCCGAUCCAUCUUACACACUCGACUGA